AUGGUGUCGCCGGUCUUGCUGACUGGCGACGUGAAUCUUGCCCUCAAGGCUCGUGCUUCUGGACUGACUUGCCGGAAGUUGGCUGGGUCUGCCGGCAGCACGGUGGAGAACCUGCCUAAUACUCGUCCUGAGCUGCUGAAAGAAUUCUUCCCUGAAGUCAUCGUGAAGACAGACAAGGAGCGGAGGAUCGAAGCUCUCAAGGAGAAGGCGGCACAUGACCCCAAUCUGAGAUUGCUCAGCAUGCAUGGCCUGGGGUCCCGCAGACGCUCCCAGCCUCGCUCCAACAGUGAAGGACUCUCGCCACACGCCAGCGGGAACGCAUCCGCAAAGGGAAUGCCUCACGCAGACAGCCCCAGCAGCUCAAGGUCCUCCAUGCCAGACCAUUUCCAUGCAGAGACCUCGGGGCUGUCGGAUCAUCAUGUGCAGCGGCAGAACAGCCUCGGGAGAGGCUCAGGGGCCUCUGGAGAGCCCUCUGCAUCCAGUCAGCCACCCCCACCGCACCAGUCUGCAGUCCCAGACCCCCCUCGGCAAGAGCAGGGCGCUGCGGCAUCACGGGGGGAGGACAUCCUGGACUGCCUCAUGUCCGGGAUGAGGCUGGCAUUGCAGUGGCACCUGCAGCACCGCUACCCAAAUGUAUGGGAGCAGGAGAUGGGGUACAUGACGAGUGCGACAAGGGUGCUGGAGAGGCUGCUGGGCUGGCCGCAUGUGCUGGACCUGUUCACCACGGUGCAGGCGGAGGAUGAGCGCCAGAUCAUGCAGGCCCUGCAGCAGCUCAAGCUCUUCAGCAGCGACCCUGAGCAGGAAGACCUGUGGAGGGCCGUGGAGGCUGGGCGCAUGGUCCUCUCCUCCUUCUCAAGGCCUCUCAGCACAGUGGCUCUGAGCGUGAGUCAGCCGGUGGAUGCUGAGGAGGCGUUUGCAGCGCUGAAGGAGGCGCGCAGGCGCAUGAACAAGCUGUACAGCCAGAUCGCCAAGGAGCGGCCGCGCGUUGCAGAUCCACCCAAGACCAGCAGUGGAGGCUAUGGCAACCAGCGGCAAGCACGGAACCCUCGAAAUUCAGGUGAUACCGCACGCAGCGCACAGCAUCACCCAGCCGCGGCAGCCAGCACGCAUCAGGGCUUGUCCAGGCCUGCCCCCCAGCAGAUACUGUCAUCCAAUGGUGCAGACAUGCACAGCCCCUUCCUGCACCAGCAGCACAUGCAGUUCCAGAGGAUCCCAGGCAGCCCCCACGCGGGCGACCCAGCGCUGCUGCACAGCCUGAGCGGGCUGGAGGUGUCUGGCCGGAUGGGCUCCGGGCACUCCCUGCAGUCGCAGCUCAGCGGCAGUGGCUUCACGCGUAUGGACAGCUUUGGCCGCUCCGACAGCGCGCAUGCGCAGGACCCCAGCAUCGCCGUGCGCGGCCACUACAGCACGCGCGCCGGCUACCAGCAGCUUCCCGCGCGGCUGCCGUCCGCAGGGAUGUCUCCUGACGUCGAGGCUGCCGCAUUGCUGCAGCAGCAGGUCCUGGCGCAGGCUGCGCUCAUGCAGGCCAACCAGCAGCAAGCCCAGCUCUCCCAGCAGGGCUCUGGCCCCAGCUUUGCAGGCAGCCUGGGUCAGCAGGUGCUUACACAGGCGGACUGGAAUGCGGCGAUGCACAACGCUGCCAUGCAGACGGCAGCCAUGCACGGCCUUGCUCCUGCAGCGGGCAGCGCACACAUGCACGCCAGCUCUGGCUCCCCUGCCGUGCAGCAACACCUGCCGCCUGCUCAAUCCAGCAGCAUGCUGCCUGCUGGCCCGGCAGGGGCAAAUACUGGCGGAGGGGUGGUCGGCAUGCACGCUGACGCGCCAGAGCACCCGCCCCCCAGCAGCCCGCACUCUCGAGGACCAGGCUUCAAGUCCGCAGCGCUGAUGCAAGCGGCGGUGGAGAUGCUGGCGGGGGCGCAGCAGUGGGGCGCUGGGGAGGACAUGGCGGCCAGGCGGCUGCUGCAGGCGCUCGUGCACGCCAGGAGGGCCGCUGCCAGCUUCCCCGCCGACAUGCACGACCAGUCCAAACUCCACGUCUGCCUGCAAGCCCUGCAGGGGCUGUGGUCGCUGCUGCUGCAGAGCUGCCGCCAGGAUGCGGUGGAGCCUGACUUUGAGGACAUGCUGAUGUACCUGAGCGAUACCAGCCGCUUGGAGGGCGUCGUCAAGCCUCUCCUGGAGAUGACCAAUAAGGGCUGA